CUCCAUCACGCCUGAGCCGUGCCAGCGCCAGCCCAGCUCCGGGGUGCACUGGGUUUUUAGCCGUCGGUGUAUAUAGCCGGCCUACAAUUUGAAAGAAGCCAUUGGCAUUGCCAGCCUGAGUGAUCGAGUUAAGAAAAUCGUUUGGGAGAGCAUACUACCAUGGCAACAGAGGAAUCUGCAUUAUGCAGCAUUGAUGAGCUGGAGGAGAUCAUGAAGAAGGGCUCCAUUGUGAUCUCAUUACCACGGAACCCAAUCGAUGAAGUUUAUUCCAAUGUGUUUGUCGGUGGAGAGUCGUCUGCGACAGACAAGCAGAGGCUGAAGUCAUUGGGGAUCACCCAUGUUCUUAACUGUGCUCACGGUAGGAAGUUCUUUCAUGUGGACACAGAUCAAUCCUUUUACGAUGAUUUGAAGAUCAAGUUUCAGGGUUUAGGGGUGUCGGACUUCCCCCAAUCAAAUAUCAAGCAGCAUUUUGAGACGGCUUUCAAGUUUAUUGAUGAGGCAUUACAUCAGGAAAAUGGCAAGGUGUUGGUCCACUGUGUCCAGGGUUUCAGCCGCUCAGCUACGAUAGCCAUAGCCUACCUCAUGGUCAGGGACAAGAUGACCGCUCAAGACGCCGCUCGGACGGUCAGAGCGAAGAGAGAGAUCGGACCUAAUAAGGGGUUCCUGAAACAGCUCUGUGACCUCAAUGAAGAAUUACAGAGAGACAAGAAAGAAUGAAUAUAUAUGCUUUUUUUGCAACCAGCUCCUGCAGAUAGAGGACAUCGAUCACCAAGACAUAUAACAAGGCCUGCAUAUAAGCUAUAGUGUCAUAGAAGUGAGCUCCUGAGGCUUAGAAUUAGAUGUGACAUAUCAGUCGUGUGAAUUUGAUUGCUUGUAAGCAGAAGUAUGUGAUGUAACCUGAUGUAUCUGCAUGCACAAGGUAAUCAACCAAAAAUGUUCCAUCUCUAUUAUGGUCAAGGUAAAAGCCAAUAUAUAUAUAUACACCAGGGGCCCAUUGCAGAAAGAGUUGCAAUCAAUCGCAACUCUAAAAAUCAUGCGCAACUUGAUUUUAAACCAAUCAACAGCGCGCAUUUUAGACUUGCGAUUGAUUUUUUGGCUUGCGUUUAAACACAACUCUUUCUGCAACGGGCCACAGACCUGCCAACCUUCUGCAAAAAAAGUAUUAUAAGAAGAAAAAAAUUGAACAAAAAUUUUUUUUUAAAUUUUGUCUCAACAUAACAAUCACCAGCCUGUGGAAGUGCGAUUGUUGAAAAAAACAUGUCAAAUGAGCAAUGACUCAAAAACUUGAUAAUUAAUUUUUAAACAUGUGCUUGCAGGCAAGGAUUGUACUGUAUUACCUACAGUUACUGGCCCGACAGUGAUUUUUACCGGUUGGGGACCAUCGGAACGGCGUUAGUGUCACGCGCUAUGUAUAAUACCUACUCCAUGAUCGUAAAUUUUAAAGAGAAGUAAAAAAUCAUACAAAAGAAUAUGGGUGUAUUGGUGGCAAAGAAGAGGAACAAAUACUCUAAAAAUGGAACGGUUGGCAUGUCUGCAAUAUAUAUGCACCGUCUUUUGGAACUUCUAACAUCCCAGAUAACACCAAGUUACCGAUUCGGCUGGAACAUAGGGUCUUUCUGGCCCUCUUUUUCAUUGCCUCGUGUCAGUUUCCACUAUCUCUUCCUCACAAGGAAAAAAAUUCUCAACUUGAAAAUAAUCUCCAAGAUUCCCAGACAGAUUCUCUAUCAUCUCAGCAUCUGAUACCUUGUUGACCUUGUAAAGAACCAUGCGGAAAGACCCAGUGUUGGAGGUUCAAAAUGUUGGUAGAUUGGCUUUUACCUUGAAGAUAAUAGAAAUUGAACAUUUCGGGUUGAUCAUCUGGUGCGUGCAGGUACCAUACAUGAAGUUUUUUAUAAAUGAAAUCAUAUGUUAUUGUUCGAAAUUGACAUGAAAUAAAAUAUUGCGAAAAUUUGCUUUGCCCAAUUGAUCGUGGGUCCGGCAGCCGCUGUGCAGCGACAGAUCGACGAGGCUCUAUCGUUUUAAUCGUUGAACCCCAAACAGAGUAGCAGCAACUCCCAUCUUUAAACGUCUUUUGGUGUGAGACAGCCGGGGUUUGAACACUGGUUUGCGGGGAGACAACCUGGCACUGAUCACAUUCUGGUCACUAUUGAGCAACAUAAUUGUGCCUUGUCACAGUUGCCUGUCACAGUUUCUGGAGCUUGGGUCUUUUCUACACGGAAGCAGAGUUCCAUUUUAAGAAACUGAAGAUGUAUUUUGUCAAAUAUAUGCUAAAUCAGGUGACAGAGAGGUUAUUUUUAGCAAUGGAUGAUGGCCAACCCUAUAUGGUGGCAUCAAGCUAUUCUUGUAUGCAUAAGCAGAUAGCCCGACCCAAUAAACGUAGCGUUAGGACACGAAAACUAGCUAAAAAAAGAAUAAGGUAUGUCUGAAUAUGUGAUAUGAUAUACAUGUGAUGUUUAUGUGCAAGUUAUGUUACAUCAGGUUUCAUCAUGUUCAUCAGCGGACAAACAAUGGAAUUCACAUGAUAUCUAAUUCUCAUCCUCGGAGCUUACUUCUGUGACACUAUAGUUUCUAUACAACCCUUGUUGUAUGUCAUUGUGGUGAAUGCAUGGAUAUGUGCAGUGCAGUAUGUACAGUACAUUGUAUACCGUAUAACCCCUAUGGAUAAAUUACUUUUCUUAUUUUAUAAUAUAUUUUGACAAUUUCCAUAAACCC